AUGCAUCUAAUUCCGAGUCUUCGCAAAGCAACAUCUACCGAAAGCUUUACAAUCUUUGUUGUAGCAUUUGCGGUCUUCACGGAUGUUUUCCUGUAUAGUGUUAUUGUACCCGGGCUGCCUGCGACGUUAGGUCAGCGUGUUGGUGUUCCUGAAGCAGACCAACAGAAAUGGGUCUCAGUUUUACUCCUCAUAUAUGGGGCGGGACUAUUGAUCGGGUCUCCUAUUUGCGGCUAUGUCGCGGAUCGUGUCACUUCGCGGAAAAUACCACUCAUGGCAGGGUUAGUUGCAUUAGGCGGGGCAACUGCGUUGCUGUGUGCGGCACGAGCGAUUGCCUUGUGGGUUAUAGGACGAUUUGUUCAAGGCGUAUCUGCAGCGGUUGUGUGGACCGUGGGUCUUGCACUCCUGGUUGAUACGGUUGGUGAUGCUCGGAUUGGAGAGGCCAUGGGCUACGUGGGCAUCGGCAUCAGUUUGGGAGUAUCGCUCGGACCGAUCCUGGGAGGAGUGUUGUAUAAUUUUGGUGGCUUCUUUGCGGUCUCGGAAAGCCAUCCGGUCUUUGGAAGCCCCGAGGCCCAGCAUGUGCCGAAUUCGGAGCAAUCUGCCUCGAGGCCAUCAUUGCUUGUCCUUCUCACCACUCCCCGAGUCCUAGUAGCGAUGGGAGGCUAUUUCAGUCAGGCAACCUUGCUGACGGCCUUUGACUCGGUUCUGCCAUUGUUUGUGAAGUCGACUUUUGGGUGGAAUCUGUUAGGAGAAGGAUUGAUCUUUCUUACACUAGCUGUGCCGGCUUUUCUGGAACCUCUCAUCGGGAAGAUCGUCGACAAGAGGCAUUCGGUGAGAAGAUACAUGGCGGCCGGAGGCUUCCUCCUGGCUGUGCCGGUUCUUACUCUGCUACGCUUUGUGCAGCAAAAUUCAGCAGGUCAUAUAGUUCUUCUCUGCGUCCUCUUGUUCCUGGUCGGCGUGAACAUGGCAGUCAUCUAUCCACCUUUGAUGGCGGAAAUCACAAACACUGUCACAUUGAAAGAGCAGUCGAACCCGGGAAUUUUCGGCAAGAAAGGAGCCAUGGCUCAGGCUCAUGGUUUAAUGAACUGUUCCUACGCAGCUGGAAGCCUUGUCGGUCCUAUUUUGGGAGGAGUAGUGAGAGAACAAUUUGGUUGGCCUACAAUGUCGUGGGUAUUAGCAGUGUUUAGUGCGGUGGCCUCCGUUCCAGUCGCCCUCUUCCUUGGAGGAUGGAUUCGUCGAUAG